GAAAAGUAUGGAAAUCUUCGUUUGACUCAAGUGAAUGACUUCAUUCCUUUUUAAACUUUUGUCUUUCCUCUGUUCUCAUAGGCUUGUUAGUUAAUUGGUCAGGCCAAGGUUUACAAAAAUUGGGACCCACUUUAUCCUGUGAUGCAGAUACGCAUACUUUGGUUCUCGAUAAAAAUGAAUUGGUUAAAUUGGAGCACCUGGAGAGCUGCAGGAACCUGGUACAGUUAUCAGUAGCAAACAAUCGGCUAGUGAGGAUGAUGGGCAUAGCAAAGCUGACUCAGCUUCGUGUAUUAAAUUUGCCUCACAACAGUAUUGGUUAUGUAGAAGGAUUGAAGGAUCUAGUGCACUUGGAAUGGCUAAACCUGGCAGGGAAUAAUUUAAAGACUCUAUUGCUGCAUGGAAAUAUUAUUACAUCAUUGCGGACAGCACCUGCUUACUUGCCACAGAGUCUAGCUAUUCUUUCUUUGGCAGAAAAUGAAAUCAGAGACUUGAAUGAGAUCUCUUUCUUAGCUUCUCUUCCCAAACUGGAGCAAUUAUCAAUUAUGAAUAAUCCCUGUGUGAUGGCCACACCUUCUAUCCCAGGAUUUGAUUAUCGACCAUAUAUUGUCAGUUGGUGUCUCAGUCUUAAAGUCCUUGAUGGCUAUGUGAUUUCUCAGAAAGAGAGCUUGAAAGCGGAAUGGCUUUAUAGUCAAGGAAAGGGAAGAUCAUUUCGACCAGGCCAGCACCUUCAGUUAGUACAGUAUUUAGCCAGUGUGUGUCCUCUUACUACUAUGUUUGGGCUUCAAACUGCUGAGGAUGCCAAACUGGAAAAAAUACUACAUAAACAAAGGUUGCACCAGAGGCAACUGAUGUACCAGAGUGAAGCUGAUGAGCCACCUGUAUCUUCAUCUCUGAACAAAGGUCUGCCUGCUACUAGUGACCCAAACAGUCCUGUCCAUCGGCCACAAAUAAUGACUGAAAGCGAACCUGUAAUCAAGAAGAAUACGUGGGUUGCAACAAAAUCUAAUGAUGACCAUUCCUAUGCAGUUAAGUAUGUGUCUCCAGCCUCAGUACAGGCUGAAAGAAGUGUUUCUAAGGAUCUUUAUCUGGAUGACAUACAAACUGAUGAAGACAAAUUGAACAGUAGUCUUCUGUCCUCUGAGUCGACUUUUAUGCCAGUUGCUUCAGGAUUGUCUCCAGUGUCUCCUAUUACAGCAGAGCUGAGGCUUCAUGGAAUAGAUAUUGAUAUGGAAGAUGUAGGGAUUGCUGACUUGGAGAUUAAUGAAGAAGAUAAAGAAAAAGAUAAAACCUCUGUUGUUCUUAGAGAAUGUGCCAUCAAAUCAGCAGAGGUUGUAAAAACCCAAAAGGAAGAUCACGAGAAAGGCACAUUGUCCACUUCUGGUUUAUCAAUGGCCACUGUCACUCUAUCUGCUGGUAUUAACAAUUGUCAAGCACCCUCUGAAGACCAUCUGGAACAUGACCUCAAGCAAUCAAGUACACCUGAAGAGAACUUGCUCAAAACUGUCACAUCUGCCAAACCUCUAGAACUGGCUCCUAAUGAAUCUGCUUUAAUUCAAAGGGAAAGUAUGCUUGAAGAAAUGAACAACGCAGCCAUCAAACUUCAAGCCCGUUGGAGAGGAUUUUAUACAAGGAACAACCAUCCCAGAGCCAAAGAAGUGCGUUAUGAAAUUAGACUCAGAAGAAUGCAAGAGCACAUUAUACAUUUAACUGAAGAAAUAAAACAAUUAAAGAAAGAAAAAGACGAAGAGAAGCUUCAAAGACUUGUGCAAGAGGAAGCAGUUAAAUUCCUUUGGGACCAGGUUAGAUCUAUCCAGAAGUGGCAGCUGUCAAUAAACCCACAUUUGACUGCUAUCUGGCAAUGUAAUAUUCCAACGUCAAGCAUUUCAGAUCCCUCCAAACUACCUAUGGAAUCCCCUGAGCUAAAUCAAAGGUCUUCCCCUGUUGACAGUUCAACAUGGCUAGUUUCAGCUGCUGAAGUUCCUCAUCUGAAAUUUGCAUCAGAAUUUCCUGACUCAGGCUUUCAUUCCUGUGUGACAGACCAAAAUUGCCUUAAUGAAUCACAAUGCUCUGAAGAAAAAUGGUCUGAGGUGAAUGACGCCUCUCCAGGGAGUUCUUUGGAAACAGUCAAACCAAGUGAAGAUUGCUUUCCAAGAUGCCCUUCAAAUAGUGAGGAAAUCCAGAUGGAACAUGGGGAAUGCAGUAAGGUUAGCUUCAAUAGUGAUCAGGACAAUAGUCUUCUCCAGCAGUAUUUAAAAUCAGUUGAGCAAUUAGAUAGAGCUGAUGACAAGACAAGUUGCAGUAGUGGAACAGAAAGUAGUAGACCUUGUACAGCUCUUUCAUCAGAAGACCAAAAUAUUGGAUGUAGCACCAUAUUGGGCUCCCAAGAGGUGCUUGCUUCAACACAAGAUGGAAUUGGUCAUGCAUCAGAAGUGGUAGAAGGAAAACAGACAGAUUGUGACACUUCAUUCCAGGCAUUUGCUGUUAGCAUACCUGUGUAGCAAUUAACACUUUUUGUUAUUUAUACAUGUUUUCUAUACUUUUGGGAAAGAAGAAAUGAGGGAGAUAUGUGCUCCUUUAUUGUUAGAACAAAUUUGCUUGUGAAUAGUUUUGCUAAUUCUAACCUUUAUCACUGUGUUAAAUUGUAACAAGUAAGGCUCACUAUGAUUAAUAUGAUGCACUUAUAUUUUAAAAUGUGAUUUAAACACUGACAGGUUUCUAUGAAAUAUAAUUUUGAAGAUUCUGAUUCCUUUUUGUAUUAUCUUUGUUGAACUAAGCCUUUACUCCCCCCAAAGACAAAGCAUACAUUCUUAUUAUGAUUCUCAUUUUAAUAAAGUAUAGGAAGAAAUUAAAAUAAUAUUUGUAAUGUAAGACAAAUAGGGAGACAAGGCAUUAACCGUCAAUGUUUGUUUUGGCCAACAGUUUGAAAAUAUAAGCUUACACUCAGGUACUAAACCAUAUCUUGGAUAUUUUACGUGUCAUCUUUACUACAUGUAUAUAUCAGAGCUUGGAAUGUUAAGUUUCAAAAGGAACUCAUUACUUGAUCACCCAACACAAAAUCACUGUUAAACUGCACUCCAAAGGUAACUCAUGUACAGUAUAUGGAUUUGCCAGAGCAUACAGGAAAAUUCACUCUGGUUCCCCCAAGUGGUCAAUUCAAAUAUUACACCUGGGAAAUUCUGAGAAAAAUGCAGGUAUUAAAAAGCAAUUCUUCCUAGCUGCAGUAUGAAACAGCCACUCAUGACCCUUCCUCCUCACAUUGCUCAGACUAAGUCAAGACACACCAAGUAAUGUAUAAAAAGUAGACAACUUGUUCCAGUCCACUGAAAAGUAGUGAACAACAGUUAUGGACAUGACAGGUAAGAACUAACUCAAUUCCAACUUGGUGUUGCAAAAAAGUAACUAAUUGCCAAUUUGAUCCAUUAGAAUAAAUUAGUUACAUCCUAACUCUAGUACAUUUCUUCUUUUAACACAAGAUUUACUACCCUAUAGCUACUUACCUGUACACAAAUCAUGCUUUUGCAGAACUCAGGGAAAGCUUUCUCUAAAGAUGAUGGAUGCAGCAGCAGAUUUCAAGGGCUAGAGAGGAAGAGUAGUCAUCCUCUAGCACUACAUUCCAGUGAUUGUUCCUCUUUUAUAACAGGGGGUUGCUGAUAAAAUAAUUUUUAUUGAUUAGAUAUCAACAUGGUCAGAGUUCUAAGGGUGCACCAACAAGCAUUGUAUAGCAUACUGUAUUAUUUUGGCAUAAGCCCCAUGGUCUUUCAGCAAGGAUGGGGUUAUAAAGAAUUUGUCAUGGUUCAUGUCCUUCUCAGUAGACAGUAGGAACACAAUGGGACAGUGUUUGAAGGUGCUUAGAACAAUUUGUUAUUAGACAAGAGACCCUUACUGCAUUAAGGUGACUCCUGGAUCUUGUGCUUUCCCAAGUGAUACCAUGCUGUCAUGGGAAAUUUUAAGUCCUCCUGUUCCAGUUGUAUAUAUUUUCCUCAUAUGUUACCCCAUGAAUUUCUACUUGUGACCUCCUUAGCAUAUGUUUUUGGUAUUCACUCUCAUCACUAAAGACUGUAUUUUUUCUAUUUAGGAGACUUCCAGAAUAGCCAAGGGGUUAACAGUUUUGCUGUAAUCCUAGAAAGAGGCAUUUUGUAAAAAUGCUCAUCACUUCAACUCGAACCUUAAUCUUCAGGUGUACCACUAUUGUUUUAUGGGAAUUCAAUGUUUUAUGCUGUGAUCUUGUAUUAGAAAAACAAAGAUGAGUUAAGAGGGCUCAAUUGGAGACUUGCUCAAGGGGUCUUUAACCCUUAUUACAGCUGCCUUUGUUCAAGAUAACCCGUUAUGUUCUUAUGCUACAGCCAUUACUUCUUCACUCAUUCUUCUCUCAUUUUGAAAUGUCUUAGAAUUAUGAGUACUUUUUUUUAGUAUGUGUAGAUUAUAGUCCAUUGCUAGUUCUUAAAAUAAAAUUAAUCCCUUUAAAGCAGCACCACAUAAGUCUAUUAUGUAGAUAAGUUGUUAAUUGAUUGCUGUUCUAUGCUUAGAGUGAGAUGGCUAAGCACAAAAAAGAACAAUUCAGACAGUUUUUAAAGGUUCCAUUAAUUUCAUUGGGAGAGUUCCUUUAAGUAUGUGAUUACUGUAACUUUCACCCUUCAAAAUUCAUAAUUCAAUAAGAUUAAUUUUGACUGUUGCUUAAACUCUGUACAAUUAUUUUUAUAUAAUGAAACACCUCUUUUGAUGAUUAACAAAUGGACUAAGCACAUCUGCCUUCUAGUUAAGCUUGAUAAACUUGUCUUCCAUUCCCACAGAAAUCAAAUGAGAGUUCAAAGACAACAUUAGAUGGUUGGAGAGUUGCAGACAGCAGAAUGGUUGAGUAAAAAUGCUGACAGAACAUUGAAACAGAAUUAUAAACAAUUUGCUGCUGUGGCUAAAAUACUGUACAGCUGAAAGGAGCUGAUGAGAUUGUGUGAGAAUUGUUGUUUCUUUAAUUUGAUGUAGUAUGGAGGCAUGCCUGGCUAGAUGGUGUAGCAACGUGCUGUUUUAAUAUAGCCACAAGAAGAUACAGUGCCAUAGGAGAGCUGAUGCUACAGGAAAACCACAUUUUCAAAUAAGCUUCAGGAUUUCCAUAGUUUUUAUCUCUGAUAAUGGAGCUUAAAAAGUCAUGCUGAAAGGCUCUUUUUUUACAAAUCCAUAUGUACUUAAUACAAGCGUUUUGUUUACACUCAUCUUGGCAUGUAAGAACCAAAAUGCUUUUAAUAUAUGAAGAAGUGCACCAUAUAAAUACCAAUGUGUACCCUUCACAACUUUGCUAUACCAAACAGUACUGCUCGGUAUGCUUUGCUUGCAUAGAAUGUAGGCUGUACAGUAGUUACAAUACAAAAGCUUUAAUCACCUUUUGCAGAGCUAACUAAUUUGUAUGUAUAUACGUAAACAUGCAAAAAAAGUUGUGGCAUUACAUAGAGUAACUAUUAAGAAAAAGCUUCUGUCAUGGGGGAAGGAAGAGUAGGUUGGAGAGUGUUCAAACAAACACAGCAAACAACUUGUUAAUUGGUUCUUUUUGGUCUGUUACUGGAUUCUUAAAGUAUCUGUGUUUAAGAGAGAAAGAAUUAUUUGCUGUCUUUUUCUUUAAAAAAUCAAAAUACUUUUCUUAUAUAAAUGUGAAUGGUGUGUGUAUAUCUUGCUGUAGGAGGCCAAAGAAGGAACAGCAAGGGGAAUAGGAGCAUUUUUCAAGCAGUUUAUAAACUGCCACCUAUAGGCUAAAUCCAACAUAAUUAGGUCAGUUUAAGUGAAUAAAUAGUUCUUGUUAGUCACAACUAGCAAAGUCCUAUUGAGUCUCAAGAUCACAAGGUAAUUAAUUUUGCUUGUAAAAGUAAAAUGGGAAAGUGAGGUGCUAUGGUCCCAUUGCAGUGCUGCAUAGAUCAUGUGCUACUGCAGGUGCUUCUCUCUCAUAAACUCCCCUUUCAUCAUAAGGCCACACUCUGGAAAAUGCUGGCCUCUUUUUUAAAUUGUGAAUUAAAAAUAUUUUUUGAAAUCAUUUUCAUGUAAACAGCCUUGGGUGUUGGACUACAACUCAGGAGCCCAGCGUACAGGUUC